UCUUUUCUUCUCUCUUUCUUCUCCUUCUCAUAACUCUCUCUUUCUUCGUAAAGGUACCUCUUUUGCAAUCUCUCAGGACUUCUCUCAUGGCAGAGCGUUCGACCGUUCCCAAGUUUGGAAACUGGGAAGGUGAGGAGAAUGUUCCUUACACAGCUUACUUUGAGAAAGCUCGUAAAGGAAGAGCUCCAGGCGGUAGAGUAAUGAACCCGAACGACCCGGAAGAUAACUCGGAUUCGCAGUCUCAAGCACCUUCAAGACCCAAACCUGAGGAAGUUGACCCAGUUAGAAGGUCGCGUGAACGGACGAGAAGCCCAGAAGAGAGCGAGUUGAAGCAGUUUGGUGGUGAUGGCAGUGGUUCAUCCAACGACAAAAGACAAGGAAGGACUUCUCAGAACAAUAGCUACGAUAAGUCCCCGUUGCAUAAAAAUUCAUAUGAUGGUACUGGAAGAUCAAAGCCCAAACCAAACCUUAGAGCUGACGAAAGCCCUGAAAAUGUGACGGUGGUGCCGAAAUUCGGUGAUUGGGACGAGAAUAAUCCGGCGUCGGCUGAUGGGUAUACACACAUUUUCAACAAAGUCCGUGAAGAGAGAAGCACUGGAGCCAAUGUGAGUGGAUCUUCACGAACGCCUACUCACCCAAGCACCCGUACUAACCCUUCCAACAGCUCCAAAUGUUGCUGCUUUGGCUUUGGAGGAAACUGAAAGGGAAACGUUUGUUUCGGGAACAAUAUUUUAUAUAGUUAUCGAGAAAUCAGUGUGUUGUAAUCUUAAUGAUCAGACGGUCGAGUAUUAAUAGAAUAAGACAUAUCAGUCACACUUUUAUAGUAUAGUUUUUGUAUGUAUGUUUUGUAAUUUUUUCAUUUUUCAUUUUCCUUUUUGUGUGUUUCAAGUCACACAUUCCAUUUUCGGAACUGCUUGCAGAUUCAUUAUAUCUUGCUACGG